CUUAUCUGCAUUUAUAUUAGAAAGAGGAAGUGGGCAGGCUAACUAUCAACCCUGAUGACAAGAAAGGCACCAUUAUUACACAGACUCUCCUCCACAGAGAUCAUGAAAGCACUCCAGGUUCUUCCUGUCCUCCUUUCACUGAUUUAUACCACCAUCAGCAUCAACCUACGGCCUAUACACAUACUCUGCAAGAACAAAAAUUUGGAAGUGAACUACAGAAGCUGUGAUCCUCUGCAAGAUGUUGAUUUUAGAAUUGACAGUUGCACCUAUGCCCCCGGCAUUUUUACCAUGCGAUUAGCAACUUUUUAAAGGCACCCCAUCAAUGAACUCUACGUGGAUAUCAAUCUUAUUUCUACUUCAGGGCUUAUACCACUAUACAGCAAACAAGUUUGUGAACGAAAUCAGCCCCAGUAUCAUUUCUGUGGAAAGAAAAAAGGAGGGCAGACAACCCUGAGUGAAAAUGAGUCUUUUGGAAGAGUAAGAAUGACAGAGAUCCAGGCUCCUACGAGUCUGCAGCCCUACAUUGAAAACAUCUUGCAUUGA